UUACGCUGACAACACUUUGGUGGAAAUUACCUCGAAAAUCCAAAACAUUUCCAUUUUCCCAUUAGUUUCGGAAAUAGUGUCAAAGGGGGAAGUCGACGCAGCCGCUGUCGUAAACGACAAGUGCCUAAAAAGAAAUAAUAAUGUCUAAUAGACCUGUAGCAUUCAAAAAUCCAUUCUCUAGGCCAUGGAUGUCGGAAACUGGCGCAGCGGCUGCGGCUGGCGAAAAAGCGAAGGGUUUGAAAGGUGUUGUGGCCGGCGGCAUAACUGGUGGCAUUGAAAUUUGUAUAACAUUCCCGACGGAAUAUGUAAAAACACAGCUGCAAUUAGACGAAAAAGGAGGUUCCAAGAAGUACACAGGCAUCGGUGACUGCAUCAAGAAGACUGUUAAAUCUCAUGGAGUAUUCGGCCUAUACAGAGGACUUAGUGUGCUUAUCUAUGGAUCCAUACCGAAAUCUGCUGUCAGAUUCGGUGUGUUCGAACAAGCAAGGUUGUAUAUGGUGAUGGAAGAUGGAACUUUAUCGACAACUGGUAAAUUGGCUUGCGGUCUGGCCGCUGGAGUGUCCGAAGCCAUAUUCGCAGUAACGCCUAUGGAGACUGUGAAGGUCAAGUUCAUUAAUGACUUGAGGCUGGAGAAGCCAAGGUUCAGGGGAUUCUUCCACGGAGUCAGGACUAUUGUUAGGGAAGAUGGUGUUGGAGGCCUAUACAAAGGUGUGACAGCUACAGUAAUGAAGCAGGGAAGUAACCAGGCCAUCAGGUUCUUCGUAAUGGAAUCCUUGAGGGACUGGUACAAAGGUGGAGACAGAGACAAGCCUGUACCUAAGUACAUCGUCGCCUUGUUUGGUGGUAUCGCAGGAGCGGCAUCAGUAUUCGGAAACACGCCAAUCGACGUGGUCAAAACCCGAAUGCAAGGUCUCGAAGCGGCCAAGUACAAGAACACUUGGGACUGCUUCAUCAAAACUUGGAAGUCUGAGGGUCCAUUCGCAUUCUACAAGGGCACAGUACCGAGGUUAAGUCGCGUAGUAUUUGACGUAGCUAUUACCUUCACAAUAUACGAUUCCAUUAUGGAUCUUUUCAACUACGUUUGGAAGUAGUGUUGGAGCUAUCUCUCCUCUUCUUGCAUCUAUAUCUCUGUCUGUUAAGUCGUGAGAAUUACACUAGUGACGUAUAGACGCAUAUGAAAGUAUACUUUAAUAGAUUUUGGACCUUGUAACUUUUUAGUAAAGUUUUAAAUCUGUUAAAGAUAUUAGGGCAGAUUUUAUAGUCUGCGUAUUUUUAAAAAUUGUGACAUAUCUCCUUAGAUUAUUGCAAUUGAAAAUUAUUUUUAUUACGUAAUCCUCACGACUUAAUAGGCCUUCUUAGGUUAUGUGACGGUAGACAUAUUUCUUAGUUAUAUUUUACGAUGAUAAUGCCAAAGUAAGCAGUUUUUAUUAUUGUUAUUUUUAUGUACAAAUCACGUGGACCUCGCAUUUAAAUGAGUGUGAUUAAUUAUAAUGAACUUGAACAACGAGAAACAAUAGCUUUUAUAUUAGCUAAUGGAGUUAUAAAUAGCCAUGAAUUACGUAAAGAAUGCAUUUUUAGAAGGCAUAUUUAACUACACUUAUUUCCUCAAAAGAUUUUCAACUUUAGUACAAUAGUUUAAGGUUGAAAUGUAUGUGGUAUAGCUUGUGUUCUAUACAUUUAUGUAAGGUACUUCUGUAUAUUAUCUACCGUCACAUAAGUAGAUUUAUUCAAAUUGAUAUAUAGACUCGUUUUUAUUGUAGAUGUACAAAUAUUAUAAAGCUGUGCUUGCGAACAAAUUGUAAUUAUUAUAAGUGUAACUCUUUGCUUUUAGGUGUCUUACUAUGUCGUCAUAGAUUAAAGAAUACUUUAAGUAUAUAUUUUUUUCUGUAUUCAAUAUUGCUUAGUUCUCAACAGAUGUACAAUUUAUUUUCUACUUUAUUUAUUUGGUGUUAAGUGCAUUUUUAACAACAUAAGAUAGGUAUAAAAACUUUGUUGCUUAGCAUUAAGUUCUAGUCUUCAAAAUUGUUUUAUUUAUUAAAAAAAACUAUCGAAAUGUAGUCCUAAUACCAUAAGCUAUGAGUUUUGUUUUACAAUACAUUUUUUUUUUUAUAAAGACUUAUCUAUGACUCACACAAAAAAAAAUACAUUUUUUUACUUACAUAAUGUAAGCUAUUGUUUUCGGGUUGUUACUUUUUAUCAGUUAACGAUCGCAAGCGCAGCUUUUUUGAUCCUGGAUAGUAUUCCAGGGUCGGGCAGAAUUAGCCCUUGUUGAAUUGGCUAGAAUGUGUUGCGGUACUUUGAUGAUGUAUGUGUAAGUGGUAAUAGUAAAAUGUGAGACUUUUUAAGACUAUUUUCCAUCAAAAAAGAAGAAAAUGUUACAAUAACAAACAACUUAAUUCCUAGUACAUUUUGUUUGUUGCCCAAAAGCGAUAUAAAGUUUAAGAAAUAACUUUGUUAAGGUUUUUGAAUGAUCGUAAGAUUCGACAAAACUGUAACGACUUACGUAAUAUCGGGAAACUUCUAAGUCGAAAUGUGUGCCUUAUUGAUGGAAAAAUACUCUUUUAUAUUAACAAUGCUACAUACUCAUUCUAAGUAGGUAUAAAUAUUCUUCAAUGAAGAAGUACCUAAUAAGCUUAGCUAAAUUUAUUGAAAGUAAUGACUUUCCCACGUGGUUGAACAGAGAAAAGUUCUUUUAC